CAAUUGAGAGAUCUUGAAAGAACCAUAGUAAUUUUCAACUCUUUCAUAGCUCAAAGAAAAUAAAAUACCAUACAAAAAUGGCCAAAUUAGGUGCAUUUUCCAUUUUGUUACUGAUAGUAAGUGUAACAACAGUAUUAUUAUACACAUCAAGAUUUGGUGAAGCUGGAGGAGAUUCAUCAUCUUCCUUUGUCAAGAAGACUAUUUCUUCUCAUAAAAUUGUUAUCUUCUCCAAAUCUUAUUGCCCGUACUGUAAGAAAGCAAAGGCUGUUUUUAAAGAGUUGAAGCAAAAACCUUAUGUCGUUGAGCUUGACGAGAGAGAUGAUGGAUGGAACAUCCAGGAUGCUAUCAGUGAGAUCGUUGGCAGGCGCACCGUGCCACAAGUUUUCAUCAAUGGAAAACAUAUCGGAGGAUCAGAUGAUACCAUCGAGGCGUAUGAAAACGGGGAGCUAGCUAAACUUCUUGGUGUUAAUGCUAAGAAUGAUGAUCUUUAAGCUGAAUUUGUUACAUGUUUUCAAGUUCAAUCACUUUGUAAUAUGAAUCAGAACAGUUCUUUGCAGCCUCUUUCUAAUAACUUCAAGUAUUUGCAGACAGUGAUUCUGGUAUUUCCAUCGUAUUUGAAACGUUGAA